UCUAAUCGAGGUUGCAACUCCAUCAUAAGAGAGCUGCAGACUCGGACCUGGAGGACUGCGGUGGAUGAAUGCUGUGGAGGCACGAUCGUCUUCUCGCAUGUGCUUUUUGGCUUUUCGAUCUCGAUUUACUUUCCAUCUUGUCACGAACCUCGGUCUGCUGACACGACGACCGCUUAUUCGCAAUGUCGUCUUAUGCCUCGCUGUGUGGUUCCGCCUCCGGCUCCGGCAACACAGACGAGUCAGCUCGUCAGAAUCAAAGCUCUGCAGUCUUCGGCGUGCUCCAACCGUCGCAGCGGGCUAAUAUCAACGCGUCACUGCAUCAGCAAGUCGCCUCAUCGUUCCAAAUCAACCGAACUGGUACCGACGCAGCUCCUACUCUUUCGACUGCGUUUCUCGAGAAGGGGGAAGCCCGAUGCGCGUACAGCUUUUUGUCCUCUCAAGAACAGCAGCAGCAACAGCAGCAACAACGACAGCAAGACUUGUACCAGCAGCAGCUCCACUACUUUGCCGCGCUUCAGGCACAACAUCAACGUCGCUUUCAGGAGCAACAGCACGAGUUCAACGAGCAGGCUCUGCAGCAGCAGCAGCAAGGUGCAUUUGACUGGACUUCGUCCACACCAUUCUCUGUUCCAAACUCUGAGGCUACUGCGGCAGUGGCCGUAUCUCCUCAUUACACAGCGAGUCGCUUCCCGCUCUCUCCGCUGUAUAACGAAAUAGACGCAUCGAAGCUCGUCCCGGCGCCCUCCCUCGCUCAGCGCGGCCACUCUUUUUCGGGCGUCACCGGCGAGCCUCCGUGGGAGUUCGCAUCUCUUAUGGUCGAGGGAACUACAUUUAUGGAACGGUCAAACAGCAUGCCAAACUCCAAUUCACGAAGAAUGGCAGCAGCUGCUGCUGCUGCUGCCACCGGCCCGCAGAAGGCAUCGCAAGACUCCAUGGGAGGGCCUUCUAUUGUCGCGAGCAGGGCUGGCAGUAAAGGCGCGCGCACACGUAGCUCGCUUCCGUUUGCCCCGACGCUCAAAACCGAGGAUGGACUGUUCGAUUCGAAAGACUCAUCCGCCAUGUCCGCGUCCUCGUUCGCAGAAGACGACUUUGACGAGUCGUAUGACAGCGGACACGGCGACGCGUCGGCCGACACGCUCGGCGCGCCGGUUGCCUACGAUGGUAGCGAUCCAGAAGUGUUCAAAUGCCCGCACUGCGACAAGCAGUACACUGGCAAGCACGCGCGCAGCAUCUGGCGCCGGCAUCUGCAGGACAAGCACUCGAUCCCUCUCUCGCUGCAGCCGCGUCGCACGCGUUGGGAUGGGGACGCAAACCGCCCGAAGAACGCCGAGGAACGACGUGCAAGGAUGCUCGAGAGCAAGAGGCGAUGGGCGCGAAAGAAGCGCAUGCAGGACAAGGCUGUCUCCCUCGGAUUGCCUCCUGAUGCAGAUGUCAAUACCAUUCGAAAACGCAUGGCUGAGAUGCCAGCGCAUGAGUUCGACCAGAUGAUGGAUGAGCCGGAAGGCGGGAUGCCCAGUGUCACACAACCGACAUUCUCCGUCGGGUCGCGCAUCUUCGGCACCAGUGCCGCCGUCGCCAGCCCCUCCACGAAUGGAGCUGGCGCAAGCGGGAACAAGUCAUCAGCUCAACUUGACAGCAGACCGAUUGCAAGCGUGCAACAACAAGCAGAUGACUCUUUCUUCCGCCACGCUAGUGGGGCUGCUCCUGAUUCAUCUGCACGCUCAGACUUUAACGCUUCCCCUGGCCUUGUCGCCGACCGCAUCGCCGGCGUUGGCACAGGCAGGCCACAGAAAAAUCAUCAGCCUGAUGUCUUCGACCUUCCUCCAGCUCAAGGACCAGUCUCAUUCACUAUCCGUCAUCUUGACCCGAACGUCACACCGAUUCAGCACUUUGCCAUGCUGCAGCCGACACCGCCGUCGACGGGGCCUAGCAGCGCCGAAAAGGACCUACACGCGCUCAAGCAUAAGAUGCUCGCCAGCAUGUACGGAUCCAAGUACAAGCCGCUGCUCUCGCCUCCUACUUCGGGCGAAAAAUCGACCCAUCUUUCUCAGCAACAGCAGCAGCCGCCGACGAGUGUCUAUCCCAAACCGGGUAUUCUCAACAUGGCGACACCCAGCUUUGCUGCUACCGCAAGCUCGGCCCGUUCGUCGGAUGUGAACCCCUUUUCUCAGCAGGUGAAUCAGAACAACAUCGAGCCGCCUCAUAGCAAAGCGCGAGCUGGAAAGACCGAAGAAGCGGCUGAAGAGGCAGCUUCUCAGCUGCUGGCUUUGGCUUCGGAGUCCACCUCAGCUAACGAGCGUGCCCACGCCGAGCGCCAGAAUAGCAACAAUGCACAGGGUGACAGCCCGACCCGCUCGCCAUCGGCGAGACCGCGCAAGGAGGCGCAGUACCGUCUAGGGCGCCCGGGUAUGAGCCCACGGUCUAACUCGGUCUCCGCACCUAGCCGACCAGCAUCCGGGGAGAGCACUUUCGGCGGAUCACCCAGGCGCCAUUCGUCGCUUGAGCCACUCGUGCCUCUAUCGCACCAGGAGCCGACGGCGGGCCAGCAGCUCGCAACAACGACGGUUGCUGCUCCGCUGUCUGCGUCCCGCUUUACGUUCGACCGUGCUUCAUCACCUCGGGCGAACCCAUUUUCGCUUGAGCAGCACAAGAUCUCACCCAUCUUGUCCCGUCGCACAUCCGGUCUCUCCCCAAGCGGCGCCAAUCAGGACCUGCCCCUCGCAGGCCUGUUGCCACUUCGGAUGCCUCUACUCGGCGUUGACUUAAAGCUGCCACCGCUGGUCGCUACACCUGCACGUGAGUUUGCGGACCCGAUCGGUAGCAUGAAACGAAGUCCUAUCGAAGAAGAGGAGCGGGCCAACAGCGUCACGAGCGACGCCUCCAAGAAGCCACGACUAGAUCCCAAAGACAUCAACAUCUCGCCCGUUCGGCCAGGAGCAUCUGUGGCGGAAGGACACUCUCGCUCGUUUUUUACGCCAUUCCACAAGUCUACAUCGCAAGCUACUACUGACGCGUUGGGAAAGAGCGUCGUCAGGCCUUCGCUUGGCAUUCUUGGCUCAGCAAGCCGCCCGUCGCGCAGGGAUGAUCAAUUUUCCUCGCCACAGCAUCUCGGACUCACAAGCAGCCUGGGUUUGGCGCCUCAAUCGGUGCUGCGCAACGCGAACGCAGCCAACUUUGACGUUGACACCCCGGCGCCUGCAGCCUCGAAGACCGCGUGGCCUGCUACGGUCUUGCGUCCGAGCAGCGGCUCACAAGGCCCACGCUACGCAGCGUCCAGCCUUCGCGAGCAAGCCAGCAGCAGUCCGGUUGAAGAAGAUGAAGACCCGCUAGCACGUGUAGCAUCUGGUACCGUAUACACCCAGCAGCGUAAGAUCAACAACGAUCUCACUCCGAGCAAACGCGGGCAAGCCCGCUCAGCAAAGCCACCUGGUGUUCUGAGCCUCGGCAUUUUAAACGGAUCACCCAAGAAGAAGGUGCCUUCAGCAAUGUAAAGGAUUAAUCUAGCAGCCCCAAUGUAUCUCUCUUGCAUAUUUGUCCAGUA